AUGAGUAGCACUAGCGGAUAUAACAAUCGCAAUAGCCAUGGGUCUAAUUCUCACAGGAAUACUAUAUUUAUAAAUAACAAUGGUAACAACAACAACAACAACAACAACAACAACAACAACAACAACAACAACAACAACAAUCCAGAAAUAUCUUCAUUUUUAGGUAGGUCAUAUGUCGGUAGUUUUUCCCAACCCUCAUAUUUAAAUACAGCUAAUAACAGUGAUCCUAGCAGUCUCGGUUACACUAAAAACAACGGCAGUAAUAAUGGUUUAGAUUUUCCUAUGAUUUAUAACAAAAAUAGCCCCAAGAAUAUUAAUAGCAAUUUUAGCUUGCCUAUAACCAAUAAUCUAGAGAAUAAAAAAAUCCACGCCUCUAACAUGCUACACAAACAGACCGUGGCGUUAUCCAAUGCAUUUGAAGAAGAGGAAGAACAAAAAAAUAAAGGUUAUGAAAUUGACGAUUCUAAUAAUAUCGAACAAAUAGAAGCGGAAGAUGAAGCGGAAGCUAUACUAGAAAAUGAUUAUCCUUCCUAUCAAACAGACUAUGAUAACGCACUUGAUGAAGAAUACGGCUUAGUCCCUUCCAUUUCCCAAGAGGGUAGUAUAUAUGAUUCUUCAUCGUUUUUAUCACCACAGUCCUCAUCCAACUUAUCUAUGUUGUCUUCUGCUAACAAUUAUGGUUCGAUGGAUUCCCAUAAUGAUACCGUUGUUGCCACCACCACCACCACCACCAACAACAAAGCAUACUUAAGAAAUCCUGGAGUCUUCUUCCAAGAUAUUGUUCGUUAUACGCCAGCUGUCAUUCUGGGAUUACUAUUGAAUAUUUUGGAUGCAUUAUCUUAUGGUAUGAUCAUUUUCCCUAUCACAGAACCUGUUUUCAGUCAUUUGGGUCCAGCUGGAUUGUCUAUAUUUUAUGUUUCUUGUAUUAUUUCUCAAUUGACGUAUUCGUCAGGAUUAAGUGUUUUCAGAUCUGGUAUUGGUAGUGAAAUGAUUGAAAUCACCCCAUUUUUCCAUACCAUGGCUAUCAAUAUCAUGUCCAGUUUUGCUACAGGUAACGAAAUGGAGCACCAAAACGAAAUUAUUUCUACCACAAUUGUAUGUUAUGCAAUUAGUUCCAUUUUCACUGGUAUGACUUUUUAUACCUUGGGUAAGUUAAGAUUAGGUAAGAUUGUCGGAUUUUUCCCACGCCACAUUUUGAUCGGGUGCAUUGGUGGUGUUGGGUAUUUUCUUAUCAUAACUGGAAUAGAAGUAAGCACCAGGAUUGCCAAAUUUAAAUAUUCUUGGGAUUUCUUGGUCCAUUUUUUGAUUUUGGAUUUCAGCAAUUUGUCAAAAUUAUUAUUGCCCAUUAUUCUAACCGUUUUAUUAAUUUUUAUCCAACAUCGGUUUAAUAAUUCAAGCUUGGUGUUGCCACUGUUCUAUAUUAUUACAUUGUUUUUGUUUCAUUUCAUUGUUGUUUUGGUUCCCAGCUUAUCGCUCUCAAAUCUAAGAGACGAGGGCUGGAUUUUCCCACUUGCAGGGAAAAGGGAAAAUUGGUUUGAUUUUUACAAACUAUACAAUUUCAAAUUGGUUCACUGGGAUUUGAUAUUCUCAAAUAUUCCCACCAUGUUAGCAUUAACUUUUUUUGGAAUAUUACACGUCCCGAUCAACGUGCCAGCGUUGGCAAUGUCUCUGAAUAUUGAUAAAUAUGAUGUUGACAAGGAAUUGAUUGCACAUGGCUAUUCCAACUUCAUCAGUGGUAUUUUAGGCUCUAUUGAAAAUUAUUUGGUUUAUACUAAUAGUGUUUUGUUUAUUAGAGCAGGGGCUGGGGAUUCAGGGUUUGCCGGGUUUUACCUAGCCAUCGCUACAUUUAUCGUUAUGUGCAUUGGUCCAGUAAUCAUUUCUUUGAUCCCCAUUUGCAUCGUAGGCUCGUUAAUCUUUUUGUUAGGGUACGAACUAUUAAAGGAAUCAUUAUUUGACACAUGGGGGAAAUUAAAAAAUUUCGAAUACCUGACCAUAUUAAUCAUUGUACUUACUAUGGGUGUCUUUGAUUUUGUUCUGGGAAUUAUUGUUGGUAUAUUAAUAGCUUGUUUUUCGUUUCUAAUUGAUUCCACCAAGUUGAAAACAGUCAAUGGCGAAUAUGACGGCAAAAUUGCUCAUUCAACAGUUAAUAGAGAUUAUUUGCAAACAGAAUUGUUAAAUGAAAUUGGUGAACAAAUCUAUGUUUUGAAAUUACAAAAUUUGUUGUUUUUCGGAACCAUUAUCUCGAUUGAAGAGAAAAUUGAUAACAUGCUAAAGACUCAAAGAAAAAUUAAAUAUUUGAUUUUAGAUUUUAAGAAUAUCAACGCAGACAAUAUAGAUUAUAGUGCUGCUGAAGGGUUCAACAGAAUUAGAAGAUUUGUUGAUACGAAAAAUAUUCGUUUAAUUGUCUCCUCUAUUCAAGAAACGGACCAUAUUUAUAAUGUUUUUAACAAGGUUGGUUUAUUGCAGGGCAUUGAAUUGUUCCAUGAUUUGAAUAGUGCAUUGGAGUGGUGUGAAAAUCAGUUUUUGAUGCAAUAUAAAGUCUUGUUAGAAAAAAGGAAGAAGCAUAGAAUGAAGCAACAACAACAGAAAAACUUGUUAUUAUUUCAACAACAACAACAACAACAAACAAAGAAUCAAACGCGCAAAUUGUCUGUUCCCUCUCAAUCAACAAUGAUGAUAUCGUCUACACCACGUAACAGCCAAUUUGUUAAUGUGGCUAAAGUACUAUUUAACAACGAACAACAGGAAAACACUAAAUUGAACAAUAGAUUCAAAUCAAAACCAUUUCUACCAUUGUUUUUAGUAAGUUUGAAAAAAUUCAUAUCCAUUAACCCUGAAACUGAGGAGGAACAUCAAAAAUGGGAAAAAGUCACUAAUUAUUUCACACGUGAGAAGUUGCCACCAAAUUAUGAGAUGCCCAAUCAUGACAACAUAUUAUUUGUGGUGGAAAGCGGAUUAAUGAAAAUUAGUUAUUACAUAAUGGGCAAUGGCAAUAUGAAUGACCCAAAGAGUAAUGAUCGUUGUAAUAUUUAUGAAACCAUAGCCAGCAAAACAUGCUAUGGGAAAAUUAUAAAUGGGUAUAAUAACACUGAGGAAAUGAAGGAUUAUUUAGAGUGUGUUCGUUGUGAAACUGAGUGUGUUAUAUGGAUUGUUGAUAAGGAACGAUUGAAUAAGUUGAAGAAAGAGGAUAUAGAAUUAUUCACUGAAUUGGUCUUAGUUAUUAGUGCAUUAAAUCAAUACAGAUAUAAGAAGUUGUUAAGGUAUUCAUUGAUUAGUAGCUGA